AUGACAAAUUAUUCUGAUUUUAAUCGUAAUUUUGAAAAUACAUUGAAUAAAAUUUUAGCCGAUUUGGAUAAUCAUGAUUUUAUACAGUCUGCUCCAAUUCAUUCGAAUCUACAAUUCAAUAUUCCAAUUUCAGAUCCAUAUAUUGUUCAUUUGAAGAUUAAAAUCGACAAUUUCUUUCAACAGCAUUCAGACAUUGUUUAUGAUAUAAAGAAUUAUUUUUUCGAAGAUUUUAUUAUGUAUGCUGUCAAACGUACAUUUGAUCCAUCAUUUACUAGUAAUGAUAUAACACGAACGAAUGAAUUGUUUAACAAUUUUUUUAUUCAACAAGAAAAAAAUAUCAAAAUUAUUUUUGAUCUUUUUUUUGAUGAUGUUAAACCACUUAUUCUGAAAAGUAAAUUUUCACAUUCAAGACCAUUAUAUCAAUUGAUCGAUUCAGUUCCAAAAUUUAUAGUACGUGAAGCGUCUAUAACUUAUUUAAAAAAGUCAGGAGCAUCAUUUUUAACAUCAUUAAUGUAUUCAAAUCAGAUGAAUUUAGUUCAACAUCAAGAUACAACUUUUUCCAUACGAUCAUCAUUGUUAAGACACGCAAGUUCACAUGAAUACAAAUAUUUUCUAUUAUUAGUCUUUUUUUUCUUAAUAUCUAUUACAUUUGGUUUCAAAAUGUUUCAUUUAAUUUUCUAUUAUUUUCUAGGACUUCUAUGUACUGUAUUUGCUUUAUAUAUCGUUGUAGAUUUCUAA